AUGUCCGACCAAAAGUCCUUGCCUGCCAACCCAGCGGCCGCACCUCCCGCCGAGCGCCCUCUCACCAGCGGCCCCGUCCCCUCCUCCCUGGGCGAGGAUUUCUUCGAAGAAUCCCGCUCCCAAAAGCUAUUCCGCAAGAUCCGGCAAGAGCCCCUCAUACCGUUGGGAUGUCUCGCCACCUGCUACGCUCUGUACCAAGCCAGCAAAUCGAUCCGCGCCGGCAACCCCACCCGCACCAACAAGAUGUUCCGCGCGCGUAUCUACGCCCAGGGCUUUACCUUGGCUGCCAUUGUCGCGGGAUCGUUCUUUUACAAGGACGAGCGGAUGAAGCGGAAGGCGUUUGACGAGAAGCUGGAGGAGAAGAAGGCGCUGGAGAAGAAAGAGAAGUGGCUGCGUGAGUUGGAGGCGCGAGAUACCGAGGAGAGGGAGUGGCGGGAGAGGAUCGAGAGGUCGUCACGGGAGGCCGGAAUGAGGGCUACGGAUGCAAAAGAGAAGAUCGAGGGAAGAUUUGCGGCGAAGAGCGUGAGAGAGGGAAGGCGGCAAUGGUGGUUAGAGAGGACGACUGAAGCUUGGAGGAGGGCGUAG